CCCAGGGCUGUAAAUUAAAGAACACAUUAAGAACAUAUUAAAUAUACACAUCGUAUAGGGCAACGUCACAGAUAGAGUGUUUAGAAAAGAAAGUGAUAGAUAUGUUUACAUUGCUCUGUCAUGAGAGACCCGUAUCACCUCUCUGCAGAGAUAUGCGUGUAGUAUCCGUGCUCCCGAAUACGAACUAUGAACUGUGUUAAUAAUUAAACGAGAAACGGUGUUUGUCAUAACAAUAGCGACAGAUUGAUGUGAUUUGACACGUGCUGGACAUUACACGAGAGUGAUAGGGAAUCGUAUCAAUUUGCCGUUAUCGUUAUCAAAACGCGCGCAUAUACAAAGUUUUCAAAUAAAUUGCAGAUUGUACCGAUAAGCACGCACAUUAUUAUUACGGUAUACCGAGUAACUCGCAAACAAGAAUUUAAUUUCAUUUUUUUGCUUCGCCGAAAACGGUCAUUAUCUUCGUUUAGAGCAUAUAUGAGAUGAGUGUACAAAAAAAAGAUUUAUAUAAAAUUGUAAUGAUAAUAACACGUAUAUUGGUGCAACGUUCGUCGCGUCUAUACCGAGUGUGCAAUGUUAUGUGGCGUUCUCGUCUACGGAGUCUCUCACGGAAAGGACUGUUGAAGAAAUUGCGAUUCUUAAUAAAUCACAUGGACUUACGUACGAUCGUAAAGUGUUUCAAUCGAGGAUUAUUUGCCGAUGAUCCAGAUAUUAUCUGCGUCGGAUACAACGAAAUCGUGCGACGUGGUUUGCACAACACUGUGUAUGUUGAAGCUAUAGUCAACAAAUACAAGAAAUUGUACGAAUGCAAUCCACCUAUGAUUUCCGCGAAUGGUAAUACGUUGUUGGAUAAUUCCCAGAGUGGUCAUACAACCUUGAUGGGGCAAGGAAAUUCACCAAAAUCUAUACUCAAGAGAACAUCAGAAGUAGAUUUAGAAGAUGUUAGCAGCGCUAAAAAGCGUCAUAAAAAUCCACAACCGAAAAAUGCAGUAUGCGCGUUAAAUGAGCUAAAAACUGGAGCUACAUACAAAGUGGUAGGGCAGACCGGACCUACACAUGCUCCAAUAUUUACAAUUGCAGUACAGAUCGAUGGACAGACGUAUGAAGGGAAAGGACGUACUAAAAAGAUGGCAAAACAUGCGGCUGCUGAACUCGCUUUACGGAAUAUUAUUCAAUUUAGAAAUACACCCGAGGUUCAUCAAGCUAUUAAUACUUGCCAGCCUGUUGUGCCUCUUGAGCCGGAUUUCACGAGUGACGUGACUGAACGUGAUAACCAUCUUGUCAAUGCAUUUAAAACACAGGAGCCAAAGAAUACGAAUAAGUUUUUAGAUAAAGGUCCAGUAGCGUUGAUCAACGAAUUGUAUCCGGGAGUUAUAUAUAACUGCAUAUCCGAUAACGGAGAAAGUUACGCAAAGUUCACGAUAUCAGUAACUAUUGACGGAGAAACGUUUGAAGGAACAGGCCCAAGUAAGAAAUUGGCAAAAGCGGCGGCUAGUAAAGCCGCUUUAGCGAAAUUGCGAAAUGUCCACAGUUCUUCAUUUUGUAUACCGCUACCUGUUCGCAUUUUGCCAAAUUUUUCCAAUUCCGCGCAUUGGCAAGAACAAAUGACUUUACCGCAAAUGCUGGCCGAUAGAAUUGGCAAAAUGGUUAAUCAGAAAUUCAGCGAACUUAUUCAGAGUAAACCGCAACAUGCACGACGUAAAGUUUUAGCCGGUAUUGUACAAACCAAAGGAUCAGAUGCGGAAUUGAUAUGCGUCACUACUGGUACGAAAUGCGUUUCGGGCGAGCAUUUGAGCGUUAGUGGUGGUGCUGUGAAUGAUUGUCACGCGGAAGUGGUAGCACGGCGAUGUCUCUGUGAAUAUCUGUAUAAACAGUUAGAAUUACACACCGAGGAUAAAAGUACAGAAUCUAUUCUCGAGCCAAUUAAAAAGGGAUUCAAAUUAAAACAAGGCAUCCAAUUUCAUUUAUAUAUAAAUACAGCACCCUGUGGUGACGCGAGAAUCUUCUCGCCUCAUGAAGAAAAUGAAUCUAUAGAUAAACAUCCCAACAGACGGGCUAGAGGUCAAUUACGUACCAAGAUAGAAUCUGGCGAAGGAACCAUUCCCGUAAAGAGUAAUGAGGGUAUUCAAACUUGGGAUGGCGUAUUAAUGGGUCAAAGACUGCUGACGAUGUCGUGUUCGGACAAAAUAGCUCGGUGGAACGUACUUGGUGUGCAAGGUGCACUUCUAAGCCACUUCAUCGAGCCAAUUUACUUCCACAGCAUUGUUCUCGGCAGUCUUUUGAACCCAAGUCACAUGUACAGAGCAGUCUGCGGUCGUAUUGAAAACACUAUUCAAGGCUUACCACCGCCAUACAGACUCAAUAAACCAUUAAUGAGUCUAAUCACAUCUUCUGAAGUCAGACAACCUGGAAAAGCACCUAAUUAUAGUGUCAAUUGGACGAUCGGACAGAGCGAAGCCGAAGUCAUAAAUUGUACUACUGGUAAAGAUGAAUUGGGAAAACCAUCUAGAAUAUCUAAACAAGCAUUCUUUAGAAGAUUCUUUAGUCUCUUAAGUAAACUUCCAACCAUAGAUGAUGUUGAUGAGAAUCGUUGUCGUCAUUAUCUCGAUGCAAAAUCUUCAGUACAAGAUUAUUCGCUUGCCAAGCGUCAAUUGAAGGAUGCUUUCGUGAGAGCGCAGCUGGGAAGUUGGGUGAAAAAACCGAUUGAGCAAGACAUGUUUGAGGUCGAUAUCUGACUAAAUCACAAUAGUAAUAAUAUCAGGAGAAAUAAUGCAAAAAAUCAAGUUAUGGAAUAUGUAGUUCCUAGUGCAAAAUAGAUAGCUCGUUCGGCGUGUCAUAAUAUGGCAGAAUUUGGUAUCAGUAAAGCAUAAAUCGUAGGAUUUCGCGCAUGUAUUCUUAAUCUUGCGCCUUAUGAUCUCAAUAUAUUUAUCGUGUUCAAAGUAUAUUACGAAAAAUAUUUAUAAUUACAGUUUUGUUCUUUAAAGUGUAGUCGGAAAGUGUAGUAGAAAAAUGCCUCACAGAAGCUUAUAUUAUUUUGACGUAUCAAUAAUGGAUAGUUGACAAAAAAUUAAUUCAUUCAUUACACAUAUCUGUAUAAAAUUUCUUAGUAUUAAUAUAGUUUGUAAUGUGUAUGAAUGUGUGUCCGCGUGCAUGUCAGCGUGUUAUUGCUUCUCAUCAUUAAUAUCAUAAAUUUUUCAAAAUUUUGAUGCGCUAUUUGCAAGUAAUUAAACUAUUUAGUAAAAAAAAAUUUACAUUCAAUCUUUUCUUACUCAGAAUAAUUUUGU